AUGGCCCUGCAGCUGCUGCUCUGGCUCAGUGCUCUCUGGACGGUGCACGAGGCCGCCCCUCUGGCCCCUGGCAGCUCCCUGCCCCAGAGUUUCCUACUCAAGUGCUCAGAGCAAGUGCGCAAGAUCCAGGUGGACAGCGUGAUGCUGCAGGAGGUGCUGGUAAGGGAGUCACAGUGCACCACCUACAAGUUGUGCCACCCCGAGGACCUGGUGCUGCUGGGGCACUAUUUGGGCAUCCUGCAGGCUCCCCUGGGCAGCUGCUCCAGCCAGGCGCUGCAGCUGGUGAGUGUUGGCAGGGAGGGCAGGCAGAGUGGAGGAGGAGGGUCUCGUGGGGCGGGGGGCAGCAGGGCUGACCCUCCUGCUCCUGCUUGGCCCUCCCAGACCAGCUGCCUGAGCCAACUCCACAGCGGCCUCGUCCUCUACCAGGGUCUCCUACAGGCCCUGGGAGGGAUUUCUCCACAAGCAGCCCCCACGGUGGGCAAGCUACAGCUGGAUGUUGCCGACUUUGCCACCACCAUCUGGCAUCAGAUGGAGGUCCUGGGGUUGGCUCCUGCUGGGCAGCCCACCCAGGGCACCAUGCCCACCUUCACCUCUGCCUUCCAGCGCCGGGUAGGGGGCGUCCUGGUUGCCUCCCACCUGCAGAACUUCCUGGAGCUGGCCUACCGUGUGCUGCGCUACCUGGCCCAGGCCUGAGCAGAGCCUGCCCCCUCCCCCAUUCUAUUUAUCUCUAUUUAAUAUUUAUGUUUAUUUAAGCCUAAUAUUUAAAGACAGGUAGGGUGGAACAGCUACAGACUUCCAGCUCCUUUCCCCUCCAAAUUUCAGUCUCCUGCUUUCAGCAGUGAGCUAAGCUCCUGUCACACAGAGCCCGGGACGGGAGGUAGACAGCUAACUCCCUGUAAG